AUGGACGAAUCAAGGCAAUCGAGUGGAAAGUGCCAAAAGAUUUCGGCUGGAGAUCAAAAUAUGACCACAGUCGAUAGGCUUAGCAGCUUAUCAGACGGCAUCAUAUGCCACAUUCUCUCUUUCCUCCCAACAAAGCUCUCAGUGGCGACCAGCGUUCUCGGAAGAAGAUGGAGGUUUCUAUGGGCCCACGUCCCCUGUUUGGAUUUCGGUAUGCGUGAUUAUACUAUGGUUUUAGAUCAAUCGGCCAUCAUCCAUAGGUUCAUUUUGCACCAUGAGGCAAAAAGAUUAGAUACUUUUAGCCUCCAAUUAGUGGACUGCAACGAAUAUCAACUGGAGACAUGGAUUAUUGGUGCCAUCAAGCGUAAUAUUCAGAAUCUUAAUCUUGAUGUGCUGCUUGAUGAAAAAUUAAUGCUCCCUCUUCCCAUCUUCACCUGCAAAACCAUUGUCGAUAUGAAAAUUUAUCGAUGUAAAGGCAUCCCGUCCAGUGGGAACAUACGUUUGCCCAGCCUCAAAAAACUUCAUCUUGAUCAUGUUGAGUUUGAGGAUGAUGAAGCCCUUCCCCACUUGCUUUCGGGCUGUCCUUUGCUCGAGGAUUUGAUCUUGCUUUAUAAUUUUGGAAAGAACGAGAAAAAUCUUGGCUGGAUUAAUAUAUCUUCACCCACGUUGAAAACACUUUCGAUCCAUCUUCUACAUUAUUGUUGUUGUGGAGAUGUUAUCCCGGAAGUUAUCCCCGACUAUGGGAUUUUAAUAAACGCGAAGGCACUCAGAUAUCUUCGUAUGAUUAAUUGUCCUUUGGGGCGCGUCACGAAUUUGGCAAAUAUGACCUUCUUAGAUGAUGCGUUCAUCCGCGUUGGAGAAAAUAUGUAUAUGACCGAGUAUGAAAGCAGCAAUUACAAUGUGGUGAAAUUUCUUGAUUCUAUUUCUAACGUUAAAUAUCUAAUGAUAGCAAGUUCUGGAGUCGAGGAGGUUUUCGAAAUAGGAUUUGCUGGUUAUUUACGAAGAUUUGGUAACUUAACCAAACUUGAACUCCAAUUGGGUGAAAAAUGGCAUUUGCUUGUAGAUUUACUUGAAGCUGCUGAUAAUCUUCAAGUCCUCGUUAUUGAAAUAGAAAAGCCAUCCCAUUUUACGGAGCCCAAACGAGUGCCGACAUGCUUAUUAUCAAGUCUCAGAACUAUAACGAUUAAGAUAACACUGUUUGAAGUGGAGGAAUUUCGUAUGGUGAGAUAUCUUUUGAAGAAUUCUCGAGUAUUGGAGAAGAUGGAAAUAUUACCCCUCGAUGAAGAGUCGAUUCCAAAUAAUUUAAGCGAAGGCAAUUUAAAGUUCGCAUUCUUUGCUCUUCAGAUGAUCUCAUUGUUUGAGCGAGGAUCGGCUACAUACUACCCAAUCCAAACCCGCACCUUAACCGGAUCUGAAUACGAACCCAAUCCGGACCCGAAUCGCAUUGGAGCUGUAGUUGGAGGUUUCAGGGCUAAGCCGAAUACCCUUCUGUUGAAUUCACAUGGAGGAAUCAAGACAAUCGAGUGGAAAGUGCCGACGGACGGCAUCAUAUGCCACAUUCUCUCUUUCCUCCGGACAAAGCUCUCAGUGGCGACCAGUGUUCUCGGAAAAAGAUGGAGGUUUUUGUGGGCCCACGUCCCCUGUUUGGACUUCAGUGGAAUCGAUUUAACCGGGAAAACAGAGCAUUCGGACAUCAUCAAUAGAUUCAUUUUGCUCCACGAGGCGAAGAAAACGAAUACUUUUAGGCUCAGUUAUGUGGACUGCAACGAGUAUCAACUGGAGACAUGGAUUAGCGCUGCCAUCAGGCGUAUUAUUCUGAAUCUUUAUCUUGAAUUUAAUCUGUCUGGGGACAGGUUAAUGCUCCCGCGUCCUGUCUUCGCCUGCAAAACCGUUGUUGAUAUGAGAAUUUUUGGAGAUAUAUGUAUCUCGUCAAGCAUGGACAUACAUUUGCCUAGCCUAAGAAAGCUUGUUCUUAUUCAUGUUGAGUUUGAGGAUGAUGAAGCCCUUCCUCGCUUGCUUUCCGGCUGUCCUUUGCUCAAGGAGUUGAACUUGAUUUAUAGCUUCGGAGAGAAUGAAAAAAAAUUAGGCUGCAUUAAUAUAUCUUCACCCUCGUUGGAAAUACUUGAUGUCUAUCUUAUACAUGAUUACGAAGUUUUCCCUGUCUAUGAAAUUUUAAUAAACGCAAAGGCACUUAGAUAUCUCUAUAUGGAUAAUUGUCCUUUGGGGCGCAUCACAAAUUCGACAGCUAUGACCUCCUUAGCUGAGGCGUUCAUCGACUUUCAAUACAAUUUCUACAUGUACAUGAACAGCGAUAGCUAUUCCAAUGUGGUGAAAUUUCUUGACUGUCUUUGUAACGUCAAAUGUCUACAGAUAUCGAGUUAUGGAGGCGAGGAGGUUCUCCCAUUAGGAUUUGCUGGCUCAUUAGUAAAAUUUGGUAAUUUAACCAAACUUGAACUUCAAUCAUGUGCUAAAUGGCAUUUGCUUGUACAUUUACUUGAAGUUGCUGAUAAUCUUCAAGCCCUUAUUGUUGAAAUAGAAACAAUAUCCUUUAUGGAGCCCAAUCAAGUGCCAACAUGCCUAUUAUCAAGUCUCAGAACUAUAACAAUUAAGGUAAUGUGUAUUGGAGAGGAUGUAUUUAACAUUGUGAGGUAUCUCUUGAAGAAUUCUCAAGUACUGGAGGAGAUGAAAAUAUUACCCUUAGAUGACAAUUCGAUUUCAAGUGAUUUAAGCGAAGGCAAUUUAAUGGUAGCAUUCGAUGCGCUUCAGAGAAUCUCAUUGUUUGAGCAAGGAUCAAUGACAUCCAUCUUCCCUCUUUCAUUUCUGUUUCCACCGCCGUUGGGAAGUCGGAAUGCUCCAAUCCAAGACUACCCAAUCCGAACCCGAACCCUAACCAGAUCUGAAUACGAACCCAAGUCGAACCCUAAUCACAAGAUUGGAGCUGGAGGUUUUCUGGUUUGGUUCUCUUUGCCCUAA